GUUUCCCGCGGUGCCUAGUUCCUAAGCGGUACAGACUAGCGCUUGUACGGAGGCAAGAUGGCUGACGUGCUGGAUCUUCAUGAGGCCGGGGGCGAGGAUUUCGCCAUGGAUGAGGAUGGGGACGAGAGCAUCCACAAACUUAAAGAAAAGGCGAAAAAAAGAAAGGGCCGCGGCUUUGGUUCAGAGGGGUCCCGAGCGCGGAUGCGUGAGGAUUAUGACAGUGUGGAGCAGGAUGGUGAUGAACCUGGACCACAACGCUCUGUUGAAGGCUGGAUUCUCUUUGUCACUGGAGUCCAUGAAGAAGCCACUGAAGAAGACAUUCACGACAAAUUUGCAGAAUAUGGGGAAAUAAAAAACAUCCACCUCAACCUGGAUAGGCGUACAGGAUACCUGAAGGGUUAUACUCUAGUCGAAUAUGAAACAUACAAAGAGGCCCAGGCUGCUAUGGAAGGACUCAAUGGCCAGGAUUUGAUGGGACAGCAGAUCAGCGUGGAUUGGUGUUUUGUUCGGGGUCCACCCAAAGGCAAGAGAAGAGGUGGACGAAGACGCAGCAGGAGUCCAGACCGGAGACGUCGUUGACAAUUCCUCUGUUAUCCAGAUGGUCUCUCCAAGAUUCCAUUUGGCCAUGCAGCCGUCAAGAAAUAGGGCUGAGGUGGAACUCACUGUUUAUAUUUAAUCUGUUACCCUGCUUAAUGUUUCUUUUGAGUCAUGAAUAAAUGUCCCAUUUUGGUUUUCUACA